GUCACUUCGUUACUUACAAUCAUCCUAAUCAUUGUUCGAGGUUGCCUCCUGCAGAUGUCUAGUUCUGAGCAGAGUUUAGGCAGACGGGAGGCGAUCCCGGUUCUGUACACGCGAGGUUCUCAUUACGACGUGGGAUACGACAUCGGCCGUACAUUCCGCGGCCUCAUCGAAGACUUCCUGAAGAACUUCACGUUCCUGCACCAAGAGCUUCUGCCCGCCUACACCACCCAGCGGGGGCGACAGGCCUACGACGCCACGCUGGGCCUACUGAGGGGCACCUACCCUCACUACCUCAGGGAGCUCGAGGGCACGGCUGCGGGGGCAAGGGUGCCAUUCCUACAUCUGAUGCUGCUGCACGUGGGGCGGCAGAUGUUGGGGGGCGGCGCCCCUACGCAGACCAGCAGCAAGCCGCCCCACGGCUGCUCCACCGUCUGCAGCAACUACCCGGGGCGGCCGCUGCUGGGCCACACCGAGGACGCGCUCAACGAAGUGAUGAAUCACAUCUACAUCGUCAGUGCACACAUCACUGAAGACCAAACAACGUCGCCUGGACAGGCGAGGAGCGAACGCUUCACGUCGCUGUGCUACGCGGGCUACUUGCCAGGCUUCUGCAUGAGCUGCAACCAACACGGCUUAGUGUUCUCUGUGAACGUGCUCUUCCCCACACACGUGCACGUGGCCAAGACACCUCCGUACUUCCUGACGCGGGCGCUGCUGGCCGCCCAGACGCUGCAGGAGGCGGAGGACGUCCUUAAGGACCAGGGCGCUGGUGCGGGCGACGGCUUCAGCGUUAACAUGGCCUUUACGCGGCAGGAAGGGAACAUUUUGUUUCACAACGCAGAAGUCGCCCCGCCGCUGCCUGGGCAAAAUGAGAGUCAAUUAUCCAUCCUGACCAUCAAUACUGGAGAGCAUUUCAUGCACGCUAAUAAGUACCUGCGGCUGUCGGUGCCAGAGGACCUGGAGUACGAGGACGCGAGCAGCAGCCAUCGCCAUGCCCGCGCCCAGGCGUGUCCAGAACCCGACUGCCGGGCUGCGUUGCUGGAGCUGCUCUCAGAUACCCAGGAUGCUGAAUACCCCAUCUUCAGGGAGGGGCAGGAGGGCGUCUCUACCGUCACGCUAGGCAUUUUUGACAUACGUGAAGGAACCUGGUCCUUGUACAUGAAAAAUCCACGGACCUCCUCUCUGCUCGUAUCGCUGCCGAUCAACUUAGAGUGACCGGCUUUAUUGGUAUGACGGCCGGCAAUUUUUUGAAGAACGCUUUUCAGUAUAAACGGGAAAAAUUUAAUCGUUGUCAGAAUAUUUGAAAAAUUAGUUUUUGCCAAUUUGAUAAUGCAUCUGUAAAUUUUUGCUUUUUUUUUAAUUUUAACUCCUAAUUUUUCUGUGGACCCUAAAUUUGUUAACAUUUUAUUGUUUUGAUAGCUAAAUUCUGAGUUUUGCAUUAGAAUAUUAUACUUUCUAAGACCUCCAGACCUCGUUUGGUAGAUCUGACUUUCAUGUGGUGAGGGUGUGAUCGAGCGCACGAAAAUGAUCGUGCAUUUACCUACGUAUAUCCAAUGUUAUACAAUUGUUUCUUAGCAUCACUCGGAAAUUCAAAUCUUUUUCUAAACGAAAAUGACAGGUUUGCGGCAUGGCAGCUUGGUCAUGACUGCAGACAUGUGGUUGUAGGUAUAAUUAAAAGUCUUGUAAAAUUCACACUUAUAAAUUCUGGCGUCUUGCCAUUAUUCAUACUAGAUAUAAGUAUUCGCCGACGAACUAUUUAAAUAAAUAAAUAUGAAGUGAUAAAGUGAUAAAAAAAGAGCUUAACUUUUGAGCACUAUUCAAGUCACAGCUUCAACCCACAUUUUCCUGAGCAAACCUCACCUUCUCAGUCGUUCAUUUAUUUUUAUGUUAUAUCUAUAGCUUCUAUUAAAUCCCUUGAAUAUAACUAAAAAACUAUGCGCCUAAAACCAAGAUAAAGUCAGCAUUACUCAUUUCGCCAUAUGAGAACUUUUUUGUCACUGGAUUGUUGAAGCAAUAAAUGUAUUGUUACAGUAGGUGAGAGCGAUCAUGACUAAGAAAUGUUACAGUAAUACAGUAAGCAAGACAUAUUGAAGCAAGACUUGUGUAAAGCAGAGUAGGAGCGGAUGUUAGAAGUUCUAGAGCUCCGCGAUUCUACAGCCAGUUAACGCAGUAAACUGUUCGUCUAAUUUCAAAUUAGGGAAAAAAACAGAAUGUAGUUUCCAGGGGCCGCACUAUAAAUAAAAGUUACAAGUUCGCGACUCCGUCAGCCAAUCCCUGGCAGCUUACAAGCUAAACAUACCUAUCAUAAGGGAAAAAUCGGCGGCUACGUGUACUUAGGCCGCUAUGUUUAUUUGGGCCACGACGUAUUCAUGAGCCGCAAUGUGUAAUUGCCUGUACGUGUACUUAGGCCGCUACGUGUAUUUAAGCGAGUUUUGAUAGUACGGCCCCUGGUGGAUGAAGAAGUGUGACUUAAUUUAGACGCAGUGGCAGCGCUCCGGAGGGCAGUAGGAGGGAUGCUUGAGGCAGUUCUGAUGGCACCAGAUGUCAGCGUCUUCUAUCAGGGCGAACUCCCCCACUGCGCUGCAGUCGUGUCUGCAGGGAAAUUCAUAAAUCAUAAUUCAUUCAUAAUUGGAUCAAUUUUUCCAGUAUACUUUUCGGCGUACAAUGAAACUAAAGAAUCUCGAAGAUGCUAACUUGGACGAAGGGUGCGUGGCAGUAAGCAUCAACCAUCGUUACAAUCAAACUUAUACUCUGCACUCGCUCGCAUCACAAGCACAUUGAACAUCUGUUGCGUACAGAAAUUUAUCUAAAAGUAAUUAUAAGAGUUACUUACAGGCAUUUGCAGUUCAGUAUAUAUAAUUUAACAACAGUCAUUUACUAGAAAGUAAUCGAGAGUUACUUACACGCAUUUGCAGUAGCUGGGGUGGCAGUUAGGAGGGUACUUGAGGCAGUUGAUCAUGCACCACAUGUCCAUGUUGGCAACGUUAUGGAAGGGGUCAAUUGGUAUGCAGCGCUGGGCUCUGAACAGUCAUUAAAUAUUUCAUUAUAAAAUCAAUGCUCACAAAUCUGAAGUUGUUGAUGAUUUAUUGAUAGCGAUUAAUGAAAUAGACCUAAGUUCUCUACAGAUAUAUUUUUACUCAAUUUUCAUUUUAAUGCCAAUAUUUUCACGAUUACGGUGCAAGCAACGCAAGUUAUCUUCGUGGGGCCAACAUUGAAAUACUCAGUCAAGCUGAGGCACCACCUUCGACAUGCACCUAUUAAGUGCCGCCCACCAGCAACUAUAAAUGACUAUCACUGAACUACUGCGGCUGAUGCUGUACAUACAUACAAUGGCUGAUUCACGCCUGAUUCAUACCUACAACGACUCAUAUGAUAAAUACCAAAUACAUAAAUAUAAUGGCUGAUACAUACCUGAUACAUACCCAAAAUACCUGAUUCUCUUACCUAAUACAUACCUCUAAAGGCUGAUGCUCACCUGAUGCAAACCUAUUGGCUAUUAUGGCUGAUACAUACCUGACACCUACCUGACAUACAGGUACAUACCCGUUACAUACCACAAUGGCCAAUAUAUAGCUGCAAUAUCUUAUAUAUACCUUAUGAUGAGCGGUUUGAGCCCCUGCUGAGCAGCCUCCUCAGCGCUGACAUUCUGAACCACGUUAUCUCUGCUGGAGUACAGCGCCCAGGGGUUGAAGUCUGACGUCGCCGCUGCAGUUGCCGUGUUAGAGUUGAUGAUGACGUCAGCACAAUUGAUGAAUGUUUCUUGGUUUCCGCAGCCCACGCUCUCUGACCCGUUAUCGCAUUUACCCCACGUGUUACCUGAGUGAUAAUACGGAGUAAAAUUAUACGGAACACCGGCCCAAGUGUUACCUGGGCGGCAAUACACGGUGUUAGAUUAAAAGGAAAACGGGCUCCACGUGUUACCUGUUCAUUUUCAAAUAGUAGUUUACAUUAAAUCCUUCAUAAAUAUGGCGAAAAGAUUAAUGGGUUUUCUAGAGUAAUGAAAUAUUUCCGAGCUACGAAAAUUUAAUGGAAAAUUCAUCUUGUGAAAGGGGAAAAGUUUAAUCACAGGAACGAAUUUCUGGUGUCCGAUUCACAAAACAUUGAUAAACCUAUUUAUCAUGGUAAUUCCAUGCUUCUAGAAUAUUUUAUGACGAAUUUACCAGCAAAAUAUUUCCAACGGAUGACGCAGUGGCUGCAAGUCACGUCUUCCGGAAGCUUGACCUUCCAACGAAAAAUUUCCGACUUCUUCGUACCUUCCGGAAUGACGAAAACGGAGUCUGAUCCAUCUGCCAGUCCCAGCAGAUACCUGCGUGGUGAUAGUGAGUCAUCAUUUGUCCGUGUGGUGAUAGUAACCAAUCAUUGGACCGAUAGAAAUUAUUUUUUAGACUAGGUUAAAAAUCAAGCGAGUCCUAAUAGAG